UGAUGAUCAGUGUGCCCUGAUGAUCUGUGUAGCCCCAGCAGCGCUACCUGGCAGUUUCCAUCAGUGCCAGCUCUCAGUGCUCAUCCAUGCCUCCUGCCAGUGCCCAUCAGUGCCACAUCAAUGCCACAUAUCAGUGCCCAUCUGAGCUGCCUUUCAUUGUCACCCAUCAGUGCCACCUAUCAGUGCCAGUCAGUGCCGCCUUCAGUGCCACCUAUCAGUGCCACCUGUCAGUGCCAUAUAUGAGUGCUGCCUUUCAGUGUCCAUCAGUGCCACCUACCAGUGCCUCCUCAUCAGUGCCACCUAUCAGUGUCCAUCAGUGUAGCCUAUCAGUGCCCAUCACUGCCACCUCAUUAGCGUACAUCAGUGAAGGAGAAAAUUCACGUAUUUACUAAAUGUUAUAA